GGGGCAGCAGAGGAGACGCUCCCGGGAGCGGAGGGCGCGGGAGGGACGGUCCCGAAGGCCGUCAGGGUUGGAGCUCUGGGAGGGACGAGAGUUCUCAGACCAGGCGGAGACCGGUCCCGAGGGCGCCUGGGGAGGCGCAGUGGCUUCUCCAGUUGUCUCCGUUUUCCACGGUGCUGCUACACUCUGCCCUCGGUGUUCGGGACACUUUCUCCCCAUGGAGUUCCCUGACUUGGGGAAGCAUUGUUCAGAAAAGACCUGCAAGCAACUAGAUUUUCUUCCAUUGAAAUGUGAUGUAUGUGAGCAAGAUUUCUGUAAAGAUCAUUUUACCUACGCUGCACAUCAAUGUCCCUUUGCAUACAAGAAGGAUGUUCAGGUCCCAGUGUGCCCGCUUUGUAACCGCCCAAUCCCAGUGAAGAAGGGAGAGGUACCGGAUGUGGUGGUUGGUGAGCACAUGGAUAGAGAUUGUAGAGGCCGUCCUGGGAAGGAGAAGGUCAAAAGCGAGGCGAUGACGCCUGGGUCUGCGCCAGCUGCAGAGGCUUGUUCGUGUGUCCCACCGCCCUCGUGGGGACGUGGGUUCUAGGGCGCUUUCCUGCUCCUCAUGGCAAAGGUCUGAAACGAACCUUCCCCGAUGAGUACAUAAGUCCUUCCGUGAGAUAAGCAAUCUGAGGGCCCUCCUACCCUCAGGUGGGGUACAUUGCUCCACACCCUCCCUCCCUCCAAAUAAAAGGAAGCGGCUUGAAGAGCAGGGGGCCGCGUGUGCCGGUCAGGGCGGUGCUGCCUGAGCUGUUUGUCAGGCCUGACUCUGAAGAAGCUUCGCCACCUAAACAGCAGAGAGGUGGUCACACUUUGGCUUCCUCGUGGGGCUUCGGUAGUGAUGUGGCCAUCAGCUCAGGAAAGGGGGCGGCCCACCCACCACCCACUCCCCUGAGAGGCUGUGACCGCACUGACCCCAAGCGGGACUGAGACUGGAACCUCAGUGCAUGGCAAGAGCUCUCUCCUGAGACCUGGAGUGUUAGGAAGCGGGGGACAGUGCUGUCCGAGUUAGCCACCGGUCACCCGCCGUGCACUCAGACACCCGCUGGCCUGGGCUAGCAGACCCACGCAGCCACUCCCCUGGGCUCACAGCCCAGAAGGUGAGGAGGAGGGGCUUGUCUUCAGUCCGAUGUACAAGUGGGUGCUCUUCUUGUGGGAUGUGUUCCAAAUGCGUCAGAAUCGCCCGGAGGCGCUGUUAGAGCAGUGCAGGCCCCACCCCAGAGUAUGAUUCUGGGGGCCUGGGUGGACCCAGAGAAUUCUCGCAGCUGGACACCUGCACGGAAAGGUUAGACCCAAAAGUUCCCGGGUGAUGCUGCUGCAUCGGAGCUGCUGUGGUCACAGCCCGUACAGAGCCCGUGGAAGGCGCCAGCGCAGCAGGCACUGGGCUCUGGCUCUGUUCAGCGUGAGAGCCAUUGACUUGGUCCAGUUAGGAAAGCUCUAAGUCUAUCGGUAAUUUGGGAUGUGAACUGCACUUCAUGAACUGGAAGCCAUGAAAUCUGAAUAUAGAUCAGGUCUUUCUCAUGAAAAUUUCUGUCCAAGUUGAGAAUAAAACGCUGGUUUUGAAAGCAAUACCAAAAAUUUUCAAAGUAAAAUAUCUCACUUAAAAACAGCUACAUGUUGAAAUGUAUUUUGGAUAUGAUGG